AAUAAACUUUAGUGUGUGGUUCUGUUGUUGUUCUGCCAAGUGUAUUGGAAUUUACCACGUAGGUUCAAACGGGUUUCGGUCCCAUCGACUGGAUAUUUUGUAACUUGCAUAAUUUUCUGAUUGUUUACCUGCAUUAGGAACUGGUCUAGUGAGUUAUAAUUUACAUAUUUGUUCGUGCCUUAUUGGAUUCCAAUUGGAAAGAGAGUUCAUAUCGACACGUGACAUUCAUAACAACAUACGCUUCAACGAAACCAAAAAUCGACCAAAAUGACGUAAAAUCCAAGUGACGUGAAAAAAAUCACAACUACAACCAAGUGUAAACAAAAAUGAGUGACGUGUAGUGUAGUGCAGAAAUUAAAAAUGGCGUCGUUAGUGACAUUGGUAGUGUUGUGUGGUGUGGGGAGUGCGUGGGGGCACGUGGCGCUGACGUUCCCGCCGGCGAGGAGGUUUGAUUUGGACUUCUUGGACAACACGAGGACGAAGCCGCCAUGUGGGAUGCCGAAAGGGUCUUUGAAGACUUCAUUCCUCGCGGGUUCAAACUUUACAGUACAUUGGCACUUGGCUUACGCGCAUAGAGGAGGAUUCAGUUUACGAAUUUUGGACUACCUCGAGAGGCCAGUGUUAGACUUGACUCCAAGAGCUGGUGGAUCCGAGUGGGUUAGAGACGAUGUUACGGCCCAGAAAUACGAAGUGCGACUACCGAGCGACUUCACCUGCGAAAACUGCACGCUACAACUGCAACGGGAAGCGGGGGAGUGGGGGAGCGGUUACCGCUUCUGGUCCUGUGCUGAUAUUGACAUCUUAGCACGCAAGGACUACCACGAGACCUGUUCCGGCCACGGUUUUCACAUCCUCGGUCGCUGCAAAUGCAACAAGAUGUACUCCGGCAGCCGCUGUCAGUUCAGCGACGAAUGUGCUGAAGAUACAGACUGCGGGCUGAGAGGGCAGUGUGUUGAUGUGAGGGCUACCGAGUCGCCUAGCAAGAUGUGCUAUUGCCCUCAUGGGUUCUACGGCAAAGGGUGUAAUAAGAAGUCCCCCUGGAAGGACAAGGCCCUGAACUUCGACCUGUACAGCCGUCGCGAGUUGUCUCCAGACUUCAACUUAUACUGGCGGGUGGUUCAGCAUGAGCAGGAGUUGGAGGUCGUCAUGGUCGUCAACGGGACUUCUUAUGCUGGAAUCGGUUGGAGGCCAAGCGGAUUGACAAAGGAAUGCAAAAAUUUCCCCGUCAUAGGCACCCCGCUAGUUGACAAGACAAGCACACCGAAACCUGAACCAUUACCCAAACCAGAGCCGGAAGCGGAACCCUCCGCGUCCCCAGAACCCAGUCCGGAACCGAAAUCGGAACCCGAACCGACUCCGGAACCCAAAGCGGAACCCGAACCGAGUCCGGAACCCAAAGCCGAGCCCGAGCCGUCCGCGGAACCCGAGCCGGAACCCACUUCUGAGCCGGAACCCGAAGCGACGACCAAGUUGUCGGAGUAUGACAACAGGAAUAAGAGAGUGGCUAUGCAUUCCUUGGAUGGCAUUGACUUUAAGAAUUUGGGAAACGAUGUUCAAGUGAAGACUAGUGUGUCUUACAAGGUGUCAAGUUCUAAAGGUCGUAGAAAACGAGCCGCCGCGAAUGAGAAUGUGGAAACCUCAACCCAUGAUAGCCAUGCCAACCAUGACCAUUCCGUGCCAUCCUCUGAACCCAAACCGUUACCUAAAGCUAGAACUAAGUUCAUCCCUAAAUCUAAACGAACCACCACUGUUACAACCCCAGUACCUACCACACCGGUGGCUACUGAGCCACCCACCCCAGAACCUACAGUAGAACCUACUUCUGAACCAGAGCCGACUGCUGAACCUAAAUCUGAACCUACUCCUGAACCUAAUGCUAUCCCUGAGCCUACCGCUGAGCCUAAAGCAGAACCUGAACCGGAACCCACAGCUGAACCUAAAGCUGAACCGGAACCCGAACCCACAUCCGAACCUACCGCUGAACCUACCGCUGAACCUAUCGCUGAACCUAAGGCAUCUAAACCAAAAGAGCGUGUACCUAGUCCUAAAACAUCGUCAAAGCUUAAAGCUAAGUCGAAAGCUAGUCCAGAACCAACUCCAGAGCCAAAAUCAGAACCCCAACCCACUCCGGAACCCAAGUCGGAACCUGAACCGACUCCGGAACCUAAGGCGGAACCGGAGCCUUCUCCUGAACCUAAAUCCGAACCCGAGCCGUCCCCAGAACCUAAGUUAGAACCCGAGCCAUCCCCAGAACCAAAAUCAGAACCAGAACCCUCUCCUGAACCUAAAUCAGAACCCGAACCCUCUCCUGAACCUAAAUCAAAACCUGAACCCUCUCCAGAACCCAAAUCGGAACCUGAACCAUCUCCAGAACCCAAAUCGGAACCUGAACCGUCUCCGGAACCUAAAUCAGAACCCGAACCUUCUCCUGAACCAAAGUCGGAACCCGAACCCUCACCAGAACCCAAAUCGGAACCUGAACCUUCCCCAGAACCAAAAUCGGAACCCGAGCCUUCUCCAGAACCCAAAUCUGAGCCUGAACCAUCUCCGGAACCUAAGUCAGAACCCGAACCCACCCUUGAACCCAAAGCGGAACCAGAACGCGCGACUUUGCUAGUGAAAGGACUUAAAGAAGAAACAGGUUACUUCCCCGCUCACGAGUACGUGCCUGGCUACGACUUCAACCCCAUGGACUGCACGGAUAUUGUUAUCGGCACGGCGCGCGGCAACUACCACAGAGUUCUGGACUAUUACACUAGAGACAGGUCGACUCCACGCGUGGAUACGUUCUGGGGAGGACACGAUGAUAUCACGGCGUCUUCUGGCUUUGAGGAAAAUGGCGUCACCACCAUCAUGUUCAGGAAGAAGAUUCAGGCUAAAGAACCCACGGACCACUCGAUCGUCGACGACGCAAUGCACGUAAUCUGGGCGCGUGGGCAAGAGCCCGGCAAAUACAGACAUUCACCGCCUUCCGGGAUAGAGCAAGGACCUGCUGCUGUCAAGGACUUCUACAGACAAGAUGAACUGAAGUACCACGGUCAUGGUGGGCAGAGAGGCGUUACUAAACUCAACUUCUUCGAAGAGACGAAAUCCGCUGCUCUGGGUGGCAUCCUGCCACUAGCGAACAAAUGCGGCGGCUACUUCAAGCUGCCAGCCGACUGUUCCCUCGCUAACGGUUCCUGCGACUAUCACGCUAGUUGGGAGUACCUCGGACAGAAGAGAGGAAAGGACUCCGUCAAGUUCACUAUUGUUACUAAGGAGAGCAAGUUGUGGACGGGUAUAGGCUUCAGUAAUGAUAAAAGAAUGUCUCAGACGGAUGCUAUCAUCGGUUGGGUGGAUCCCCGUUCCUCGCGCCCCUUCAUCAUGGAUACUUGGGUAUCCGGAUAUGCUGCCCCCAGGGUCGACGCACAACAGGACAUCAGCAAGGAGUACGGAAGUCUUGUUGAUGGAGUGACAACCCUCAGCUUUGUCAGGAAGCGGGACACUAAGGAUUCUAAGGACUUGGCGUUUACGGACAGUCAGUGCCUGUACAUGAUGUUCAUUCCUCACGGCGGCGGCUUCGAUCCCGUCAACAAGCGGACGAGCAAGCACGCGCAAACCCCUAUUGUCUCCGAGAACAGAGUCUGCAUCAAGCCUUGUGGACCAGAACCAGCAGAAGACGAAAUAGCCACCGAAGCCAUCAUCCCCGGCCAAACGGCGUACACCAUGCUGAUCCGAAUAACUGGCCUCGCUGAUAACUUCAAGCCACCAGCAGAAGGGUCUCAAGAAUUCGCUGAACUGAAGAGACAAGUCGAGGAUAGUCUUAUCCGAGAGGUGUCAAAGAAUAAGGGAUACCAGGGGCUGCAGCUGAAUGGUUUUAUGCAAAACGAGACCAAAGCCAUAAUCGCCGAGCUAACUCUCAAGUCAAUCGAGUCCAACGCGAUCGAAGGCUCUAGCGCUCGCUCGCUCGGCGCUGCGCCUCGCAACGAGAGUGACAAGGACGGCGAUAGACGGCGGUGGGAGCGGGCGGUGAAGGAAACACUGGCGCUGGGGAAGGUUGGGAACCUUAAUGUGGACCCGGAGUUCUUGGUGCUGGUGCCGCAGAGCUUACUAUCAACCCAGUCCAUCCCUGAGGACGAAAGCAGCAACGCUCGUUCAUUCUUCGGCCUCGCCGAGACCAAACUAUACGUGGUCGUGGGCUGUGUAGUAGCGCUUGUACUAGUAGCGUUACUACAGGCUGGGUGCACCUUGUAUAAGAGCAGCAGUGGGAAGAGGAAAGAACAACUGAUCCCUAACGCAGCCUGGAAGGACUAUUCCACCGCCAACACUAACUACGCGUUUGAGCCGUUCGAGAACGACGACAAAUACAACAGUACGACGUCCACUGCGCCUCUCCGGGAGAGGCCGACGUCCGCGCCGCCGCGGCCCGCCAACCCGCCGCCGCCGCGGCCAGGAAGCAACAACAAAAUGGCCCCCAACGGCAAGAACGGCAAAAUGGCGGCCAACGGCAACGGAAACAAGAUGGCGGCCAACGGGAACGGCAAGAUGGCGCCCAAGCACCCGAACAGCGCCGCGCAGUACUACCACGAGACGCGCUCGCUGCAGCGACCAAGGCCGCCACAACCGCAAUACGGGUACUCGACGCGCCCCGACCGCGCCACGUACUCGCUCCCGCGCGGGCGCGACAUGGCGCAGCCCGACUUCUACUUCAUGCCCUCGCAGCGCAAGUACGAAGAUUUUUGACGGAGAUGACGGGCGAUAAUUUCUAGUUACCAAUAAUUCUUUUGCACCGAACAUUUUAUGUACAUUUUAAGAUUUUUAAGACAUUCCCACUUUAUUUUAUUACUCCCAAACCAGAUCUAGUCUCGCGUCACAGUUUUAAUAUAAGUUAUUUUAUUCACCUCUUUAUUCUUAAGACAUGUUGUAUGUAAAUAAUUGCUGUAUAUUGCAAUAUAUAUCUAUUAUAUGGAGCAAGUGGCGGGUUCUUUAAAUAUAAUUAAUUUUAACGUGAAUGUACCUUCAAUUAAUAGUUAUAUUUAAAUAUUUUUAUUAUAUUAUUUCCUAUGAAAAUAUUGAAUUAUUCUGGACUGUUUUGCUGAUUUUAAAUAAGGAUUUCGAUUAAAUGUUCUAUAUAAUAAUCAUAAUCUGUAUUGUAUUGUUCAUAAUAUUACAUAAUAAUGGUUGAAAAACUCACGGAAGUAGCUAGAAAUUAAAGAUACUGUUGAAUUUCAACUUUCAUUAGACUCAAAAGCAAUAGAGACAGGUUUUUGAAUCCAUUUAUACAAAUGUACCCGUUUUUACAACUUAUGAGUUUUGGAAGUUUUAAGAAAUUAUAAAAUUUAUAUGACGUGACGGUAUCGUUACAAUUUUGUGAUUGUGUCAUUUUAUUUUUAUUUUUGGGAGUUCACAGAUUAUAAGCCUAAGGAUAAAUGGUUCAAUUAUUAUAGGCAAUUCAAAUAUGUACUUAAAAAUAUGAAUAUGUUAAGUAUUUUUUGAUAAGAUUUUUUUAAGUGUUGUACAUAUAGCGUUAAAAAUAAUAUUUUUUAAAGAAUAAAUUAACAAAUAUAAAUAUAAACUAGAUAAGUAUUUUUACAAAGAGAUUCUAGAUUAGUAAUCACAAAUAAAUUAAAACUUUGCUCACAUUUGUUACAAAAUCUAUUAUAAUUUUAGUUGUUUAUAAAUUAUAAUUGUUUAUAAAGCUUUAUUCACACUUUAGAACUAAUAAAAAGAAUAUUAUGAAAUAAAUGUACUCUGAACUACGCUCAGAAUUUUGAACAAUUUUUUUUAUUUACAAUUUUAUGUAAAAAAUUGUAAAUUUACAAUUUAUUACGCCAUUAUUUAACAAAUGAAUCAUACUUGUUGAAUCUCUACUUUGACUAUGUUAAUCUUUGGGUCGAAUAACGUGUUAAACGUAUUUUGGUUCACAAUGUUUAAAGAUUUCUGGACCUAAGAUUAUAACAUUGAAAUAAACCCGUUGUCAAUAG